CCUUUCUUUUUCCCAAAACUGAUUUUUUUUUUCGCAUUCAUUACGAUUUAUAAUUUUAAAAAAUUAACAUAAAAAGCAAAGAAAAUCACAACCUUUGAAUGAUGCUGUGUAGCAUUCAUCAUCACCGUCAAACCCAAUGCCAGCAGCAAUGGAUGAACCAUAAUCCGGUACAAGCCUGAACAUUUUUUUUGUAAACCCCACAAAAAAGGAGGAAAAAAAAAUACCAAACAUGAACGCCUUUGUUGGAAUUAAAGGAACUUGAUUUUUGAAAAAGAAGAAAAAGAGAGAAAGAAACUGAGUUUUUUGUUCAUAUUAUUAUGUCGGAUUUGGUGGCCCGUACAGGUCGGCUUCAGCAAAGGUACGAGGCUGGUUUUCGCCUUGUCGCUGGAUGUAUUCCAUUUAGGUAUAGAAGUUCAAAUGAGGCAGAUGAAGUAAACUAUGGAGAGGUGGUUGAGGUACUGAUGAUUAACUCAACUAGUGGACCAGGUCUUUUGUUUCCAAAGGGAGGUUGGGAGAAUGAUGAAACGGUUGAGGAGGCUGCAGUGAGGGAAGCUACUGAAGAAGCUGGAGUCCGGGGGGAUUUAAUGGAUUUCAUAGGAUUUUAUCAUUUCAAGAGCAAAACUCAUCAAGAUGAAUUCAGUCCAGAAGGCUUAUGUAAGGCCGCAAUGUUCGCGUUGUUGGUGAUGGAGGAACUGAGUUCGUGGCCAGAGCAGAGCACUCGAACGAGGAGUUGGCUUACGAUUCCGAAAGCGCUGCAAAGUUGCAGGCAUGAAUGGAUGAAAGAUGCUUUAGAGAAUGGGUUUUGUAAGUGGCUUGCACAAAAGAAGUGAAAGUCGUCAGAAUUUGUUAACUUAUAUGAAGCUUUUUUGCAUAACACAAAAGAUUAGAGAUGUACACUCACUAAUGAUACUUUGUGUCACUCUCUUUUA